AUGGAGCUCCCGGCCGCCUCCGUCCCCCACUCCGUCUGCACGGCGUACAGCAACCUCGUCACGACGACGGCGGCGCAGCAUCGGCGCUCCCGGCCGCCGCCGCCGCGGCGCCCGCGGCAGGGCAGCUGCUGCGCCAUGCUGAAGCAGCACAAGACGAGGCUGUACAUCCUCGGGCGGUGCCCUAGUCCGGUGAGCCGGCACUCGGUCGCCGCCGCGGCCAGCGGCAGCAUGUCCCUCAACGGCGGAGGCAUCGCGGGCCUUCUUCCCCGGCCCCGCUGA